CAACCCCCUCGAGCCUCCUCGCCCCAAUUCUCUGUAGAGUUUGGAAACCCUAACCCUAAAUUAACCCCUUAAUUUGAACCGGAGAAUAAUGUCGAUAGAUCUUGUUUUGGGUUGUUAAUAAUCCAGUUUGGGUUCAAAUGCAUGAAUCGUGCCAAUUUGAGAAGCAAAAAUUGGAGCUUUGUCAAUGGAGGUAUUGAAAGAGAAUAUAUCGGAAAUCGACAUUGGCACCUCUACGGCGUCAUUUAAGAAGUUCGUGGAUUCGCAGAACGAGCUUUUCAACAGCCAGGUGGACCAGCUCGGCAGCAUCGUUCUCAAGCAAUGCGAACUCACCGGUGUCAAUCCUCUGUCUCAAGAAAUGGCAGCUGGUGCUUUGUCAAUAAAAAUUGGAAAAAGACCAAGGGAUUUGUUAAACCCUAAGGCUGUAAAGUAUAUGCAAGCAGUUUUCUCCAUUAAAGAUGCAAUUAGCAAGAAGGAAUCACGUGAAAUCAGUGCUCUUUUUGGUGUUACAGUCACACAGGUUCGGGAGUUUUUUGCUGGUCAACGCUCAAGGGUCAGGAAGGUUGUCCGGUUGUCCAGGGAAAAAUCUGUUAGGUCUAAUGCAUGCAACGAACUCCAGGAUGGGGUCCUAAUACCCUCUGAUCCCAUGAUACCUAUUGAACAGGCUCCCCUAAACUCCAUAGGCCCUAGCAGUGCUGAAGAAGUACCUUCUUGCUCAACACAGGCUGAAGCUUUACCUGGGUUAGAUGACUCAGAGAGGUAUUUCCUGGAGAAUAUCUUUACUUUGAUGCGGAAAGAAGAAACAUUUUCUGGGCAAGUGGAACUGAUGGAGUGGAUUUUGCAGAUGCAAAACUCUUCUGUAUUAAAUUGGUUUUUAAGUAAAGGCGGAAUGAUGAUUUUAGCAACAUGGUUGAGUCAAGCCGCUAACGAAGAGCAAACUAGCGUUCUUCUUGUCAUACUUAAGGUUCUUUGUCACCUACCACUACAUAAAGCUCUCCCAGUACAUAUGUCAGCCAUACUGCAUAGUGUUAAUAGACUUCGUUUUUACAGGACAUCAGACAUAUCAAACAGGGCAAGGGUUCUGCUAUCAAGAUGGAGCAAAAUGCUUGCUAGAAUCCAACCUAUCAAGACAUCUAAUAGUGCAAAAUUGAGCAGUGAUGCACAAAGAGAGAUAAUCAUGAAGCAGAGUAUUGGUGAAAUUAUGGGUGAUGAGUCAUGGAAGUCCGAAAUUAAUAUUCCUGGACAGGCUCUUGCUCCCUUUUGUGAAAAUUCAGAGACUGUCAGGAAAUCGGAGCCUCUGCAGGCACUGAAAUUGCUCCCAUCAUCUGCAGAAGAUACAAAUAGGAAAAGCAUUCGAGGUGUAUCUUCAUCCCAAACCAGAGAACGCAGAAAGGUUCAGCUAGUAGAACAGCCAGGCCAAAAAACAGCAGCCAGGAUCCUGCAGCCUGGAAGAGCAGUCCCUGUGAGUCAUGGCCGCCCAAUGUCAGCUGAUGAUAUUCAGAAGGCAAAAAUGCGCGCUCAAUUCAUGCAGAGCAAAUAUGGAAAAAUAGGUUCAUCUUCUAAGGACAAGCAUGAAGCAAAUAGUGAAGGCCCUAGUAGCAAAUCUUCCUCUUCACAAACAAGUACUUUAUUUUCAGUGUCCAAAGCUCAUGGUCGGCCUAAAAUUGAGGAAAACAAGAAACCUGUGACACUUCCUCCCAGAGCUUCUAAUAAAGUGGAAGCCUCGCCACAGCCAAAGUUGGAGCUAAUGGAAACUUUAUUUGAGAAGUGCAAGAAGGUUCAGAUCCCAUGGCAGGCACCACCAGAAAUAAGAUUCAAUCCUGCCUGGAGGGUGGGCACGGGAGAAAGUAGUAAGGAGGUGGAAGUUCAGAAAAACAGAAUCCGCCGGGAGAAGGAAACUGUGUAUGAGGCCCUCCAAGAUAUUCCACCCAAUCCCAAGGAGCCCUGGGACCUUGAGAUGGAUUAUGAUGACUCCUUGACUCCUGUAAUCCCAAUUGAGCAGCCCCCUGAUGCUGAUUCUGCUGCUGAGUCACCGAUUCCCCCCGAGCCUGUGGUUGGCCCGGGUGAGACUGAAAAAAGUGCAGUUGCUGUUGUUGCUCCAGAGCCCAGCUCUUCAUCACAUUCUGGCAACGCAACUAGCAGUAAUAUUAGUUCUGCAGCUCUACCAGACUUUGAGUUGCUAAGUGUGCUGCUCAAGAACCCGGAACUAGUAUUUGCCUUGAUGAAUGGCCAAGCUGGUAGCCUAUCAAGUGAGGAUACAGUGAGGCUAUUGGACAUGAUCAAGGCAAAUGGGGUUGGCUCCCUGGGUACUUUGAAUGGGUUGGGUAGAAAGGCGGAGGAGAAGGUUGAGGUUUCCCUUCCAUCGCCCACUCCAUCAAGCAAUCCUGUACCUGUACCGAGUGGAUGGAGACCAGAAUUUGCCAAGAACCCUUUUUCGCGGCAAGGUUUAACGGCGAACAGCAGAGAUAUGUAUGCAUCUUCACCAGGAGUUGAUUUCACCGGACCUGCACGACAAGUUUCAAUGGCCAACAUCGAUAUCACCGGGCCUCCACCCCAAAGGCAGCUUCCUGCCACCAACUUGGUUCUGCCGUCCCAAACUCCGGCUGUCAUCCCACGGCCUCAACAACCAGAAAAUUUCCCACCAUUGUCCCAACAGCCGCCUCCCUCGGCAAUGCUGCCAUCAUUUUCACUCCCUCAAACAACUGCUCUCUUACCUGAAAAGCGACUGCCUUCAACAGUCCCCUCUCUACACCAGAACCCUCCCAACUCUUCAGUUUUGCAGUCAACCACCCCGGAAAUAGUCCUCAACAUGAACAAUUUCCCUGCCGGUGGCAUUCCCUUGCCGCACCUAUUGGCAGCCGCAGCACCUUCAGUGAGAGUUGAAACCUUAAGCAACCAUAAACCCGGAUCUGUUGUAAUGAAUGCACCGGAGAGAGGGCCGAUUUCAUUCUCAGUGCCACAAAUGCUGCCAAGGCCAACACGGCCGUUAACACAGCAACAGCCAUCAUCCAUGUUACCACCCGAGCCUCAGCUUCCUCUACACCAUACCAUGCCAAUGGGAAAUCUAGGCCCUGUGCCGGAUUCCUGGAGAGGUAGACAGGGUUUGGCUUCGAAUCCUCUUAAUCAAAACAAUUAUAAUUUACCGGUUGGAGGAGCUUUGCAGCAUACCCCGCUGACAGCUCCUUCCCGAGAACGAAAUGAAUAUGUGUUUGAGGAUGAUUUUGAAACAUGGAGUCCUGAGGGCAGUCCUAGCAGGACUCCAGAGUACAUGUUGGGUGGCCACAACCCUUUGGAGCCCAGAAUGAGUUCCGGGCGGAACUAUGGGCCUGAGCGACUGAGACAUCAGCACCGGAACUCGUCUGGGUACCGGGACCAUAAUAAUAAGUAUGGAAACAAUGGAAACAGGAGGUGGCGCGACCGGAGGCGGUGAGGCCUAUGUAGAUGUGUUUUGGGAACUGGGUCUCAAAGGUUAGGGCUGUAUCCAGAAUACAGAGAAAUGGAGUUGGAAAGUUGAUGAAACUUUGCCUCAAGCCUUUGAAUGGGAGAGCAUUAAGAGUAGCUGAUUAUGCCCUUUUUUUUCCUUAAACUACAAUUGCAACUGUGAGGAUAUUCAAUACCUUCUUUGGAGAUUUCAUGUGGUCAAAAGCAUUUAAAACUUGCAAAAAUUUUCUUA